GCAGUACUUCCUCUGGCUCUGUGGAGAGUUCAGCGGGAGUGGGAGUAGCCCUGCCGUAAGGGGAAGGGCGGCGCUGGGCGGCUGUUUCCUCCUUUGGAGGCCCCCGGUGGCUGAGGCGGUAGGAGCCGGGCCGAAGCGGCGGGAUGGUCAUGGCGUACUUCGUGGAAAGUUUCUGGGGGGAGAAGAACAAUGGUUUUGAUGUCCUUUAUCAUAAUAUGAAACAUGGGCAUGUAUCUACAAAAGAACUAUCAGAUUUUAUAAGAGAAAGGGCUACAAUAGAGGAGGCAUAUUCAAGGUCAAUGACAAAGCUAGCCAAAUCAGCAAGCAACUAUUCACAGCUUGGGUCAUUUGCUCCAGUCUGGGAUGUUUUCAAGUCAUCAAGUGAAAAAUUAGCAAGCUGUCAUUUAGAACUUGUUCGGAAAUUGCAAGAACUAAUAAAAGAAGUACAGAAGUAUGGAGAUGAACAGAUAAAAGCACAUAAAAAGACAAAAGAAGAAGUUUCAGGAACUUUGGAAGCAGUGCAGAGUAUUCAAAAUAUAAUCCAGGCUCUCCAGAAAGCAAAGGAAAACUACAAUUCAAAAUGUGUGGAGCAAGAACGUUUAAAAAAAGAAGGGGCGACACAGAGAGAAAUAGACAAGGCAGCAGUAAAAUCCAAGAAGGCUACUGAUACAUACAAGUUGUAUGUAGAAAAAUAUGCUGCAGCAAAAUCUGAUUUUGAACAGAAAAUGACUGAAACUGCUCAGAAGUUCCAGGAUAUUGAAGAAAUGCAUCUCUCCCACAUGAAAGAGAUCAUAGAGUCUUUUUCAAGUACUGUAAAAGAAGUUCACAUACAAAUUGGUGAGGUUCAUGAAGAAUUUAUAAAUAACAUGGCGAACACAUCGGUUGACAGUUUGAUACAAAAAUUUGCUGAGUCAAAAGGCACAGGCAAAGAGCGACCUGGACUUAUUGAAUUUGAAGAAUGUAAUACAGCCAGUGCAGUUGAAGGGAUAAAGCCAAGAAGAAGAAAGCAUUUCGGAUUACCAGGGAUUAUAAAGAAGGAAAAAGAUACAGAAUCUGUAGAAUGUCCAGAUGCAGAUUCAGUUAACAUUCCAGAUGUUGAUGAAGAAGGAUAUAGCAUUAAACCAGAAACUAGUCAGAAUAAUACCAAAGAGAACGACUUCUAUUCAUCAAGUGAUUCUGACUCUGAAGACUAUGAACCAAGGAAGUUCCAUGUGGAAAUUAAACCUGUACAGCCAACCAGUAGUUCUCAUUAUACUAUGCCUUCAUUGGAUGAACUAAAAGAAUCAAUAGGAAACAUCACACUUUCACCAGCAAUAUCUAGACACAGUCCUGCACAAAUGAACCGAAACUCAUCUAGUGAAGAAUUAACAAAAUUGAAACUUUCUGUUCCAUCUAAUGAAAAGGGGACCAGUGACCUCUGGACAUGGGACCCACUCCUUAGAAACUCUGGUGACUCAUCGUCCUUGACCUCAACAAUGUCAUCAUCCUCAUCAGCAAGACCCACAACCCCUCUUUCUCUGGGUGCCUUAGUGCCUCCUCCAAGACCAGCUUCCAGACCAAAGUUGCCCACAGGGAAACUCAGUGGAAUUAAUGAAAUUCCAAGGCCUUUCAGUCCUCCUUUGACCUCCAACUCCAGCCCACCUCCUCCAGCUCCACUGGCACGUGCAGAGAGUUCCUCCUCAAUAUCAUCUUCUGCAUCAUUAAGUGCAGCAAAUACACCCACAGUUGGUGUUUCACGAGGGCCUAGCCCUGUCAGUCUUGGAAACCAGGACACCUUACCUGUUGCUGUAGCUGUUACGGAGUCUGUUAAUGCCUACUUUAAAGGAGCAGAUCCUACAAAAUGUAUUGUGAAGAUCACUGGUGAUAUGACAGUGUCAUUCCCAAGUGGGAUUAUUAAAGUCUUCACCAGCAAUCCAUCUCCAGCUGUGCUCUGCUUCAGGGUAAAAAACACAAGCAAACUAGAGCAGAUUCUUCCAAAUGCACAACUUGUAUACAGUGAUGCAUCACAAAGUGAUUCCAAUACAAGAGUUUUUUGGAUGAACAUGCAAGCUGUCACAGUCUACCUCAAGAAAUUAUCAGAACAGAAUCCCUCUGCAUCUUAUUACAAUGUAGAUGUUCUGAAAUAUCAGGUAUCUUCAAAUGGCAUUCAGUCUACACCUCUGAAUCUUGCCACAUAUUGGAAGUGUGAUGCCAAAACUACUGACGUAAGAGUUGAUUACAAAUACAACCCAGCAUCUAUGGCUGUGCCAAGUACACUAUCUAAUAUACAGGUCAUGGUACCAGUUGAUGGAGGUGUAAUGAACAUGCAGUCACUUCCACUAGCAAAAUGGAAUGCAGAACAGAUGAAAGCUUUUUGGAAAUUAUCUGCUGUUUCAGAAAAAUCAGAAAAUGGAGGUUCUGGCUCCCUCAGGGCCAAAUUUGAUCUUUCAGAAGGACCUAGUAAGCCCACAACCCUUGCAGUGCAAUUUAUCAGUGAAGGAAGCACCCUUUCAGGAGUAGACAUUGAACUAAUAGGCACUGGCUAUCGACUUUCCUUAGUAAAGAAGAGAUUUGCUACUGGACGAUAUAUGGCAGAUUGCUGAUUAACCCCUGUGGAGGGGGGGAAAGUUCUCAAUCAAUACAUUUUUACUACCUUUCCAACACUAUUGUUAACACACAUUUUUUGAAAAAUGUUGAUGGUGUUAGCAGUUUAUUACACAACAAAAAUGCACUUUUUAAAAAUAAGUCAUUUUAAAGAUAUUCUUUGUUUUAUAAUAGCACUGAAACAAACUCCCAACACUAUCUAUAAAAGAUCUAUUGCAAUAUUGAGGAACAAGAGUACUCAAAAAGUUUAGUACAGAUGUAGCCUAAGAGCCAAAAUAGCAAACUUUGUGGUAUUUAGAGUGUAUGGUACUCUGACACCAUAAACUAUAUAAUAUUUUAGCUUUCUUAAAUAUUACUCAACUAUAUUUUUUUUCAGUCUCCUUAUUGCCAUUCCAUACACAUAGUGGCAAAUUUGUUUUUGUUUCACUCUUGUAUAGUCCUGUGCCAUAUCUUAGAGAGAUGUAUACAAAAAUUGAUUUCUACAUACUAUAUGUUAAGUCUACGUUGUUUUAUUAAAGAUUGUAUACAUUGUUUUGUUAAAGAUUGUUUUAAAAUUGUAAAGUGCAAUGUUUUAAACACAGACAGCAGAGAUAUUUACUUCUGCCAUUAGUUAAAUUUAUGGGAGUUGUAAUUUUUGAAUUAAUGCUGUAGAUUAAUUUAUUUUUAUAUGGAAAAUGUAACAUUUGUGCCUUUUUAAAAAAAAAAAAACUGUGCCUGUCAAAAUAUUGUUAAUGUGCCUCUCAUUUCUUUUUUCAGUGUCUAGAUCUUCCAUAUAGAAAAACAUGGUGUUUUUUCUGUGUAAUAAGAACAACUUUAUAUAAUUCCCUAUGCAGGGAUGUGAAGGGAACUGUACAAUAGUUAUAGAUCAGCUAAUAUUAGAUGACUUCCUUAUGGGUUAUUUGCAAUACAUGCAACCACUGUAAAGGGAAUAACCUAAUUUUGAUACAGAAAAACAUCUUUAUGCUCAAAAUUUUAACUUCAUUGUCACCAAAGAUGUCUAAAAUUCUGAAGGUGCAUUAAAUAUUUUAAACUAAUUUAUAAAAAGAGCAGUUGUAGCAUUUCCCUUUGACUACAGUUUCGAAGAUUCAAGUGCUUUCAGAAAUGUGAUGUGAAUGUAAAUGUUUUUUGUGAGGAAGUAGUUUUCUUUAAGGGUUUAAGCUGGGCAAGAAUUGCUAUUUGUCUUAAUUUCGAUAAACUAAUUGUUUAAAUCUUUGGAUUGGUCUCUGAUCUCUUUUCCCCAUUUUUAAAUACAGUAGCAAUAGUGGCUGUAAACGAUUGAAGUGAUCCACUGGGAUAAUUUUUAAUGUCAAUUACUAUUUUUAGAGUUUAUGUACUAUGCUGUUAAGACAUUAUUAAAUGCUGAAUUCAAAAGUUGUGGAGUACUUAAAGUGUAUAACCAACAGCUGAGAAUUUUAGAUUACACUUCUGAAUUCCAUUUGUGUAUGAAAAGUAUAUUUUAAAAGCAAUGGUUAAAUAUUUUGUGAAACCGCUAAUGAAUUGUUGGGCAGCUUGAGAUAUGAUGCCUGUAGAGUCUUAAAUUUUGGUGAAAAACUCUACGAAGGCUGCAACCAAUACAAGGUGCACGUUUUACUGAUUCAAAUUAAUUUCUGCAUUAACAAUAGAGCAUAUAAUUAUGGUCAAAUGGCUUUAUUGGGUUACUUUUAAAGAUUGUUCUUUUAAAUUUAAACUAAAUUUCCCUGAAACAAUGCAUAUUGGAUGUUCAUAUUCUAAAAUGUUAGUCUCUGCUAAGUAUUACUAGAGCUUUUAAAUAAUUGGCAUUUCAAAUGGUUCAGUCUCUUACUGGAAUCUUAAUUGUAAUCUGCUUUUGCAAUCAAAUAUUUUUGGGCAAUUUAACUCUUCAUUAUUGAAAUUCUAUCUAAUCAUUUAAUUGUGUAUUUCUAGAAAGUUAAAAGUUAGCACUUUUAAUCUAGACUUCUUACCAAGUAUUCUCAAACAUUUAUUAGCAAUGGGUGCAGGUUACAAUUUUGAAGCCAUAUGAGUUUAUAUCGAAUGUUUGUAUCUAAAAUCUAAAAACUUUGUAAAAAUACAAAUAUCAGAUUUAAAUGUAGCAAGCUGGAUCUUGCUUCUAUAUAAAGUGAUCAUCUUCAUAACUGCCUCUUGUGAAAGAAUUUGUAAACAACUCUAAAGGGUCUAUGGUUUCUAUGAACUGUAAAUUAGAGCACUAUAAAUCUAUUUUACAAAAACUGUAAAUACAUCUGAACUUUCACAAAAUGUAAAAAAAUGCACCCCAUAAUAAACAUGUAAUAUAUAACUUACAA